AUGGUUCAUGAGCUAAAAGCUCAACUUUCAGGGGCAUCUGAUAUGAAGGAUUUGGGAGCUACAAGAGGAUAUAUCUUUAAUGUACCUUAUGCGAGUGCUAUAGGAAUUUUAAUGUGUGCAAUGAUUUACACUAGACCAGAUAUUACACAAGCAAUGGCAGUUGUAAGCAGGACUAACAGUGUGGAUAAGACAUUGGACAUACAAGGAUUCAUUGAUGUAGAUUGGGCAAGUGACUUGGAUAGUCGAAGGUCCACAAAUGGAUAUGUGUUUACUUUGUUUGGAGGAGCUAUAAGUUGGACGAGUAAGAGAUACCCUGCAAUUGCUUUAUCCAUUACUGAAGUAGAGUACACGGAUUCUACCCAUGUUUCUAAGGAGGCAGUAUGGUUACAAAGGUUGUGUGCAAGUAUUGGUUUUGAUUGCAGAACAGUUUAG